AGGGGCGCUCGCUUCCCCUCAUUGUUGCUGCUUGCUCUCGAUAGCGCUUGCUGGCGCUAGGAACGGCCCAGAGGAAAAUGGCGGACGGUGUAGAUCACAUCGAUAUCUACGCCGACGUAGAGGAGGAGUUCAAUCAGGAAGCCGAGUACCCAGUUCAUGAGCAGAUCGACUUGUAUGAUGACGUCAUAUCCCCUUCAGCCAAUAAUGGUGAUGCGCCAGAGGACCGCGACUAUUUGGACUCUCUGCCUUCGCAGGGUGGGACAGAGGGGGGCAAGACCGCCCCACCCAAUGUAGUAUACACCUACUCGGGCAAGAGGAUCGCCCUGUACAUUGGAAACCUCACUUGGUGGACAACUGAUGAGGAUUUAACAGAAGCAAUACGCUCAAUAGGCAUCACAGACGUGUUGGAAAUCAAGUUCUUUGAAAAUAGGGCUAAUGGCCAGUCCAAAGGCUUUGCUCUGGUGUGCGUGGGCUCAGAUGGGUCGUCCAGAAAACUAAUGGACCUUUUGUCCAAGAGGGAGCUCCAUGGUCAGAAUCCUAUUGUCACACCAUGCAACAAACAGUCUCUCAGCCAGUUUGAGAUGCAGUCACGCAAAAGUAACCAGUCUGGCCAGAUGUCAGGUGAAGGUAAAGCUGGUCCCCCAGGCACUGGCCGUAGUGGUUUUCCAAUGGGCAGUCGAGGUAGAGGCAGGUUCCCUGGACCACCUGGCCCUGGAGGAGACCGCUUCCCAGGUUCUGUUGGCCCUGGAGGACCACCACCACACUUCCAUGGCUCAGGGAUGAGACCUGAUCUGAUUAGGCACCAAGAUGGCCACCUGGAUAUGAAUUUCAAUCCCGGGAGCUGGCGUGACAGAGGUGGUAUGCAGGGGCCCCCACGCCCGCCUCCUGGUCCUCCUGGCCCUCCAGGACCACCUCCAGGCCAGGGCCUCCCCCUUCCCCUUGGUCCUCCAAAUCGUGGCGACAGGCCACCUCCCCCUGUUCUCUUCCCAGGUCAGUUUGGCCAGCCGCCCUUAGGACCUCUGCCUCCAGGCCCCCCUCCUCCAGGUUACGGUCCACCACCUGGACCGCCGCCACCCCAGCAAGGCCCCCCACCACCUGGACCCUUCCCUCCACGCCCCCCGGGCCCGAUUGGGCCACCUUUGGCUUUGGCUCCACCUCCUCACAUGGGAGGUCCUCCACCUGGUGGGCCGCCACCAGCACCCCAUGUCAAUCCUGCGUUCUUCCCCCCACCUGGUAGCAACAACAUGCCCCCCAAUGACAGGGGGCCACCAGGACCAAAUGACCCAUACGGACGACCACCACCAUAUGAGAGAGGAGACUAUGGUCCUGGAGGACGGGACAUGGAUGCGUCACGGACCCCUCUGAGUGAGGCUGAGUUUGAGGAGAUCAUGAACAGAAACAGAGCCAUCUCCUCCAGUGCCAUAUCCAGAGCUGUGUCUGACGCCAGCGCAGCUGACUACGGCAGCGCAAUAGAGACGUUGGUGACAGCCAUCAGUUUGAUUAAGCAGUCCAAAGUAUCCGCAGAUGACCGCUGCAAAGUCCUGAUAAGUUCUCUUCAGGACUGUCUCCAUGGCAUCGAGUCCAAAAGCUACGGCUCUGCCUCCAGGCGAGAGCGCUCCAGGGAACGUGACCACAGCCGCUCCAGGGAAAAGAGCAGACGCCACAAGUCCCGCAGUCGCGAUCGACACGAAGACUACUACCGGGAACGUAGCCGGGAGCGGGACCGCCAUCGCGAGAGGGACCGUGACCGAGACCGUGAAAGAGAGAGGGAGAGGGAGUAUCGACACCGCUAAUGGAGGAGUGAGGUGGGUGUAUUUGUAUUUUUCCCUCAGUGUCCAUCUACAUAAAUGAAUUAUUUGCAAAUCAAUUUAUUGAAAUAUGUUGGCCAUAAAAUCUGAUGGGAUGACGAAGAAAGAGGCUUUGAUGUUGGUAAGUGCAAGGUAAGUGUACUUUUUAAACUUGAUCAACUCUUGCCUUGUGAGAAUUGUCUCACAGGAAAGUUUGUCAUACUAUUCUACCAUGCAAAAGUACUGUAUCGUUGAUCAGAGUUUCAACUGUGUUUCUGGUUUGCACAUUGUCCAUAUAUGAAAACAGAACAAUAUUCCUGGUAAUUGUUUUUGAUCUACAGGCAUUUCAAGCUGCUUUAUUGCAAAAAUAAACAAUACAUCAUUAUUGAGGUAAUGUAUACCUCAAAAUAGAGAGUAUUAAUUUUCAUUUGUCCCUCAUCCUUCUAAUUGGCAUGUCAACAUAUUGUCAUGUUUGAUUUCAGCAGCAGGUAAUGCCAAUGACCAAAAAGUCCUUUCUGGAAGAAUAUUGAGGCUGUGCGUAGUAAUGCUUCAUUGAAUCUAUGUUGGCACAAUUCUAUUCAAUUGGGUUGUAAUGUGAACACAUGGUAUAAGUGGUACCUUCUAAAAGUGCUUUCUAUAUUACUAAAAUGUACUGCUACUCAAAAUGUUUUUUUUUAUUUUGCCUAAUUUGUGUUUUGGUAAUGUGAUUUGAUGUAUUAUAAAUGUUGCAGUGAUUGCACCCCAGUUGUAAGUCACUAGGGGUUAUUAUCCAUUUAUAAAACGCAUUUUGUAUUAUUACAGCAUAUCAGUGUUUUUUGUUUGUAUUCUUCGGCCCUCAAUUAUAUCUGUAAAACUGUUUUAAGGCUAACAGAAUACUUCAAAUAAUUAUGCAGUUGUCCAACUGUGAUGUGGUUUUGUGUACUGAGAUACCUUUUGAAAUAUUGUACAAAGCUUAAAAACCGAAAUUGACUGAAGGUUGGAAAAAGUGUGGUGAUUUAUACAUUUGCUGUAUAAGCUGACCUGACAUUACACCGGGGGUGUCCAAAGUGUGGCACAUUCUAAAAAUAGAUUUUUAACAAGAACAUUUUUUUUUUUAGAAAGCAACAGCAAAAAUGGAAAAAUGAGCUGUAAUUUUACAAGAAUAAAUUCAAAAUAUGAAGAGGAAAAACUUUGCAAUCUAAAGCGUCAUAAAUUUGAGAAUAAAUUUAGCAGCAUAAAGUUGAAACAAAAGAAAAAAUAGUUGAAUUAUUUUAUGAAAACAAGCAAAAUAAUGAAUGAAGUGAUUUUUGGAAAAUAAAGUUUGGGUAUUUUGGGAAUAAAGUCACAAUAUGACGAGAAGAAAAUUUACAAAAAGAAAGUUAAAAUAGUUGGGGAAAAUAAAAAAAGAAACUGCUGUAAUUUAAAAAAUGUCAUUUUAGUAGCAGAGUUGAAAUGAAAUUUUUCAAAGUUGUAAUAUGCGAAACAAAAGUAACUUAUUUUUGGCAAAGUGAUAUAUUGUAAUAACGUCAAAAUAUAGGAAUAGUCAUAAUAUUACAGGAAGAAAAUUUACAAAGAUUUGAGAAAAGAACACUUUCUUUGAAGAAUAAAGUUGAAAUAUUUGGAAAAUGAAAUAACAUCAAAAAUGGGGAGAAAAAGCGUGAAGGUGAUACUAUUAGGCUUUUUUCACCUAUAUUACAAAGCUGAUAUAUAUAUAUCUAUAUAUAUAUCUAUAUCUAUAUCUAUAUAUAUAUAUAGAUAUAUAUAUAUAUAUAUAUAUAUAUAUAUAUAGAUAUAGAUAUAGAUAUAGAUAUAGAUAUAUAGAUAUAUAUAGAUAUAUAUAGAUAUAUAUAGAUAUAUAUAUAUAUAUAUAGAUAUAUAUAUCAGCUUGGCCCUGAUAUCAUAGUGGCCCUUGCACCCUUUCAUUAUUCAGUAUGUGGCCUUCACAGGAAAAAGUUUGGACGCCCCUGCAGUGCACCAUCAGUCAGUAUUUCGGCUAAGUUCCGAGGCUUAGAAUGCUUUGUCAUGAAUUCCCUUGGUUUGGCCUCGCUGGUUAAUUGGAUACUUCCUUAUAUUGCAUCACUUUUAGGUUAUAUAUAUAUAUAUAUAUAUAUAUAUAUUGUUUUGGGUCAUAUUUUGGUGUUUGUUGCUAAAGCACAAAGAGCCCUCUUCACAUGUCUAACAUUUGCCCACCUGUAUAUUCAUGUUGCAUAUGUUAUCAAUUCCUUCUGAAUGAAGCUACUUAAAUGUCACACGAAUGUAAAGCCGUUAACUUGAACCGUGUGCUACGAUGACAGUGUUUGAAAAGCUAGCUAUGGCUGUUGAUUAAUCGCAAUUUUCCGCCAUUCCCAUAUAAUACUAUAGCAUAGAAAGCAUGACUUUGUGUCCACUGAGAACCUCUUAAAAGUAUGACCUAUUUUAAGUAUGUAGCUGAUUGUGUUUAGUUUGGGAUCUUCACAUUCUUAUCUCUAGUUAGGGAAUAGGACUUCUUCUGUCAACACAAUCUGUUAAGAACAGAGAUCCUCAGUGGACCCAAGCUCAUCUAUUUUUAGAAUGUACUCAGGUUCACCCAUUUUAUUUAAAUUGAAAAAGGAAAUGGUUAAUAAUGUUAAUGUACCUAAAGGCCAACUAUGUCAACUGUGUGUGUGUGUGUGUGUGUGGGGAUGUGUGUGUGGUGCACGUGACCCAAACAUUUUUGUGUAGAUACGGAAUUUGGUGCUGUCCUUGUUUGUAGGGUUGCAAUAGAUUACUUUCAUGUCCACUUUGAACCUGUCACCCUGUGUAGUCCCUGUGAAGCAAUCCCAGGGUGUGUUUACAAUAGUUCUCAAUAAAAAAUGAUGUUGUGUAUUUGCUCUCGCUGAGAAAUAAUUGUAAGUGUGAAGAAGCUGUUGCCUCACAGGGACUACGAUAACAACUGUAAGGUCAACAAACCAGUUUGAUGAUGGUAGUGUGGAUGGUGUCACAUCAUUGGGGGGGGGGGUUGCUUUAACGUUGGUCUGAAUGUGUUGAACUGGUUUGCUGUCGCGCUAACAUAAGCCCACGUGUAAAUUGUGUAAAAAUAAGACAAGUUGCAUGUUUGAGCUAUGUACAAAUCACAUGGGCCUUUUUAUUUGAAAGGGAUAUAGUAGAAACGUGAAAGGAUUCUCUGUUUGUUUCUGCUAAACAUUAUUUGGGUAGCGAUAAAAACAUUUUAGGGCAACAUCUUUGAAGUUUGGUUGCGCAGUCGGGUUAACAUUUGCUUUACCUGACACCUUUUUAAAAUAUAAUUUGUGAAAAUGAUGCUUUGAUGUUAAUCAUGUGGCUGUGUGAUUGUGGCACAGUAUGAGCUGUAGUGCCUUGAUGUGGUUGGGUAUUUGCGGUUGUAGUAUUAUUAUUAUUAUUAUUAUUAUUAUUAUUAUUAUUAUUAGGUAAUGUGAAUAAAGCACACAAUAUUUAACUUCAUAGUCUUGAAUAGUGUGUGCUUCAUUCGGAAAAAUGCAUAUUGCAAUGGAUUUUGGAGUUGUGAGAACAAAACUAGCCAUAGAUUUAAUCUGCCAGAAUGUUAAAAACCUCAGAGACACAUUGAAGGGGGGAGGGGGAAGACACAUUGCAUAGUGUGUAAUAUUUUAAUUGUUAUGAAAAUCCUACAAAUGUUUGCUAUUAUUUGAUGCUGUGUAUAUUGAAGGAGUAGCUGUCUAUGGAAUAUUGUGUAUGAUGGAUGUCUGUGUACAAGUGUACUUUUGACUUCAUACAACGACAGGGAAAAAAUUUGCAUCAAGGAAACACAAUCAUGACAAAUUGUAGAAAUGAGUAACUUUUACAAACACAUUUGAUGGCUCCUUUUUGGUGGCAUUUUGUGUAAUACGGUCGGAAAAAUGUCCAUCACAUGCAAACUAUUAUGACUACACACCUGAAUGAAAUCUUAAAACCAGAGGGACAUUCAGAUUUUGUGCUGGUGGAUUGUAACCAGAUUGUAGGUAGAGCAGCAUCAAAAUGCCCCAAAAAAAUGGGAGCAAGAGACAAAAAAAUGAGAGUUGCCAAUUUUUCCAAAACAGGCUGUGCAUUCGCUAAUGAAAAGUUUAAGGCCAUAGCCUUAGAAUGUCUGAAUCUGUCUUCAUGUAAUUUCUCCUCCCAUUCUGUGCGGAAGUGCCACAUUUUUUGCUUCUUACUUUGUCCUUCUUCUCACUCGGUUUCAAACCUUUAAGAUUUAGAAUAAAUAAAUUAGAGGCUAACUAGUCGUCCAUCUUUUGUUCCUGCCCUGCAGAAAAACCCAUAGGCUGCAUGUAAAAGUUGCACAUUGUGGUGUAAACAAAGAUAGCCAUAGUACAGCAGUGUCCAUUAUUUGACAGAUGUACCUGUAUAAACAAAGGACGACUAAUACAUUUCAUGUGCGCUAAGACUGAGUGUCCGUUAAGACAAAGAUCGAAAGCCUUUUUGCCUUUGCGUCCAACCUGGGUGGCACUGGUGUUGCAAGAAGCCCUUGCGUUGGUUCACUGCCCUGCCACGUUCAAAGACACCAUUGCCAUCGGGAGGUCAUGGCAGUGGGAAUGUCUGGCAGAAAAUGACAUUAAAGACAGCUUUUAGUGCAGAUUUUCAUUAGCUAAUGAACAGCCUGUCGUGGCGUUAAAUGCAGUUUUCAGUAACUUAAAGACUCUUGGUUUUUGUGUUUGGAUGCUCUACUUACAAUCUGGUUACAGUACGCCAGUGCACAAUGUGAAUACUUGUCCCAGGAAAUCCAUGUUAGUGCCUCUGAAAGAUGUUUGCAUGACAUGUUGAUGUCCAUACUGGGACUGGGCAGAACACAAGCCAGUAGACGUAUAAAAGCACUGUAUUACUUGUACGUACAUGUAAAGUCAUUGUGUGCAAAUUGAUUGUGAGAUGUGUUCGGUCCCGGCGUGGUCUUUGUGUGUGCAUCACACUGUCAGUGUGUAGUGGUUGUAUAGCCGUGUGGUGAGGGGGGAGAGAGUGUUGACUGUUGCGCUGCCUCGAGACCAAACUCCAUCCUCCGUUUUGACACCUUUCAGCUCGCCACCUUUACACCAUUGGAUGGAAGGACAAAAGGAGGAGGGACUUCUGCGCCCCCCACCAACACAACCUGCAUGACUGGACACACAAACCACAUGGACACCACCUCUUCUUCCAUCAUCCCUCCAUCUCUCCUCCCCUUCUCCUGCGCCCAUCCUUCUCUCUUGUCUGUUCAUCUAGCGUGCAGAGUGGAUGGAGGACCCCGCCCCCCCCCCUCUCGCCCUCCACCAUAUGUAAGGCUACUCAUGGUAACUACAGAUGAAUCCAAAAUCUUUCCAUUCUUAUUUUUAUGGUGUUUUAUUUCAUGUGAUGUGUGAUUAUUUUCUCUGUCUGGCAACAACACAAUAAAACUGGUCCACCUUUCCUCUUGAUAGAAGACACAAACAUUACAUCCUUUUCUCUUUUUUGUUUGCUUCUGUACUGUGUACACUCAAUUUAGAGAGCAGUUUUUAUAUAGGGUACAUGUUUGCUGUUUUCUCAACCCCCCCCAGUCACCCAAUUCAUUCAUUCUCAUGCUUAGUAUGUUUCUAAAUGUCUGCUUUUGAUUAAAAUAGAUGGUGUUGUAAUAAAACAUGUUUACUGAGGUA